AGCAGCCUGGCAGGAAGACCGUGACCGUGGGGUGAGUUAAACAGAAGAAACAACUCCUUAUUACGACUGAGAGCUGCUUCGUUAAAGGCCCCCUUCCUGCCCGCUGUUCACCAGCAGCCAAAGCAAUAAUAAACAAUUACAACUCCAGCUCUCCACCCAAGCAAGAUGAAGAUUCCAUUUGUAGAACCUGUCAUUUGCCUUAGUGUAUUCGCUCUGACUCUGAACAGCCCACUGACGACACAAUAUGUGUACAGGAGGAUAUGGGAGGAAACGGGCAACUACAGCAUUGCACUUGAGAGCAAUACUUCUGAGUGUGCAAAGAACAAAAGCAGCCCGGUGUUUGCAUUCCAGGAGGAAGUCCAGAAAAAGGUGUCUCUUUUUAACCUGGAGAUGGACCUAAGUGGGUUAAUUCCUGGUCUCGUGUCUACGUUCGUGUUUCUGUCGCACAGUGACCAUGGAGGAAGGAAGUUCCCUCUGAUUUUGUCUUCUGUCGGCGCUCUUGCCAACAGCGCUUGGCUCUGCCUGCUCUCCUAUUUUGCCCUUCCAAUCCAGCUUCUGAUCGCAUCCACCUUCAUUGGUGCACUUUUUGGCAAUUACACCACAUUUGUGGGAGCUUCUUUUGCCUACAUAGUUGAUCAAUGUAAAGAAAAGAAACAAAGAACGAUUCGAAUUGCCAUAAUUGACUUCCUGUUUGGAGUUGUUAGUGGAUUAACAGGAUUGUCUUCUGGCUAUUUUAUUAGAGGGUUAGGUUUUGUGUGGUCCUUUUUAAUUGUUACCGUGGCUCUUUCUGUGAACUUGAUUUAUAUUUUAUUUUUUCUUGAGGAUUCGAUGAAAGAGUCUUCAUCUCAGAAUAUUUCUGUAUCGUGGACCGAAACCUUUAAAAACCUAUUUCACCGAACGUACAUGCUUUUUAAAAAUGCUUCUCGUGAGCAACGGUCUUUGUGCUGUUUGUUGCUUUUCACGAUGAUCACUUACUUUUUUGUGACCAUUGGUGUUUCCCCCAUUUUUGUCCUUUAUGAACUGGAUUCGCCACUCUGCUGGGAUGAAGUUUUAAUAGGUUACGGAUCAGCUUUGGGUAGUGUCACUUUUUUCAGCAGUUUCCUAGGAAUAUGGCUUUUUUCUUACUGUAUGGAAGAUAUUCACAUGGCCUUCAUAGGAACUUUUACCACCAUGGUGGGCAUGGCUAUGACUGCUUUUGCCAGAACAACAUUGAUGAUGUUUUUAGUCAGGCUGCCGUUUCUCUUCACUGUCAUGCCGCUCUCUGUUCUACGGUCCAUGAUAUCAAAAGUGGUUCAUUCUACUGAGCAAGGGACCAUGUUUGCUUGUCUUGCCUUCUUAGAAACACUUGGCGGGAUCACUGCGGUUUCUACUUUCAACGGAAUUUAUUCAGCCACCGUUGCUUGGUGCAAAGGCUUUGUCUUUCUGCUCUCCGCUGUUUUAUUACUAAUUCCAGCCAUCAGUCUCUGUGUUACCAAGUACGUCAGCAGGAAUGCAGGAAGCUAUGUCCUCCUUAUACAAGAAGAAUCCAGCGAAGACACUUCGGACAGAUGAUUAAUUGUGAUUAAAAAAAAAUCCGAAUGCACAUAUCAUACGCUCUGACUUUUGAAGGAUCUAAACUAGCUCCGUGAUCAGGACUUCAUGAAUAAUCAAUGCUGCCGGUCCUUUCUUCUAAACUCUCAGAGAAAGAGUCCCUCCUCUAACUUCUUACAGUACCAAGCACUCUGAGCACUUUAUGAAGAUCAAGUGACAUAUUUCCAGUAGACAGAAGAAGAAAUCUCAAAACACCUUCCACUUUGGGAUUUACAAAACAAACUGAAACUUACCGGUCUGAGAAACUUGAUACGAUCAAAAGCAAUAAUCUCCCUGAUGUACUCUGGUCUCUCACAUUGAGACCAAGAAGAAUCCUGUUUGCUUCAGUUUCUUCAUCUGCACAAUGAAUUUCUGAUCUCUUUCAAAGAUUUUGAAGGCAUAACUGUUGAAAAUUAUGAGUCAGUCACUGAUCGGAAAACUAUAGACGUUUCAAGCCUUUAUAAUUCUCCUCUACUCGGGUAAUGCUUUGUUUCAUCAAGGUGUUAGUGGUGUUAGUGGUGUUAAGGUGUUAGUGGUAGUCAAACCUUUCAGUAGCUGCAAAAUCCUUAAGAGAGAAGCACUUUAAUGAAUAUGUUUACAUUUUUCCUUAUAUGUUUCAUCAAUUAUAAUAUUUCCAUAACACUGGAAAAAAAAGAAUACAAAUAGUUUCUAAAGAAAUGUAAACACCGAGUAGACAGCCAAUCGUGAUGUAAAUUAGUGCUUAUAGAGCCAAUAUUCAUUCCUUAUUUCUGUGAAAAGUAAUCCAUUUCCUACUGCCUUACAUUCCUAUCCCGGGACCUCCGUGGUCACUGAAAACACCACAUCCUUUCCUGCCUCCUGUCUGCACGAAAUGUUCCACUGGGCCUUCCUCCCUCCCUCCCUGCAUUGAAACUUUCAAGCCUCAGCCAAGGCAAAGCUUCCGCUUUCUCCAUGUGGCUUCCAAACAUUUCUACUCCCCCCCCCACCACCACCGUCCCCCUAGUCCCUGCAGGGCUCCCCAAGUUCUCUGUGGCCACUGCCCUCCCAGCGUCUUCCCUUGUCUUAUAAAAUUUGUUCCCGUACUUGCAAAUGAGCCGCUUGAGGACAGGGACAGUUUGAUUCCUCAUUAUAUCCUCAAUAAAAGUUGAGUUCAGUGAC